ACAACAAGAAGCAACAGUCUGGCAAGGGGUACUUGUGAUUUUCCAUAACAAAAGUUGGUGAGUUGUUUCAUAAGUUUUGCACAUGGAUGCCCAACCCUGAGCACCUUUUCAGUAGACCCUUCUUCCCUCCCCCUCUCUCCAUCUGUGUCUUAAAACAAUGGGAAGGAACAGCUGGCAUAGGCGCACCUGUCGAAUAUCCGCAGGAGCCCUUCCAGGGAAAGCGGGAAAAGAGACACGAAAAGCUGUCUGGUUUGGGGGAGGUGUGUAUAUGCAUUAUAUGCAUAGCUGUGACUUUUGCCUGCCUGCUUUUGGACCCGACUUCUUGGACGAGGCGAUGCCGGGCUGCGGGAGGCGAGAAUCCGGCACGGUCCGGGUGGCAGGAAGGGGGAGGGCGGAGUUGUCACCUGUGCUCCGCAGCCCAGGUAGGGGAUGGGAGGGAGCCACCUGCAGGGCGGAGCCCGGCCGAGCCCGGCCGCUUCGCCUGCGUGUCGCCUGGCAUUCCUGAAGGGGCUGCGAGUGCGACUCCUGCUCCCGGCAUGGCUCUGGAAGGCGGCGGCGGCGGCGGCGGAGGCAGCAGCAGCAGCAGCAGCUCCCUGGAGGCUGCCCUGGCCGAGUGCACAGAAGCGCUGAACUGCUUCCUGAAAAACCAGUUCAGUGAGAGCUUGGAGAUGCUGCAACCCAGGGCCAAAGAGAGCAUGUAUCAUGCCUUAAUCUAUGCCACCAUUCUGGAAAUGCAAGCCAUGAUGACCUUUGAGCACGACGACAUUGUUCAUGCUGGACACACAAUGAAAGAGGCACAGGAAAUCUGCCAGAGGUUUCGGAGGAAAAGCACGGUGACCGGAUCCUUCUCCAGUCGGCUAGGCGGAGAUUCCUGUACUGAAGAGGAGCUGCAUGCAGAAGUGUGCUACGCAGAAUGCUUGCUGCACCGGGCUGCCCUCACCUUCCUGCAGGAUGAAAAUAUGGUGAAUUUCAUAAAAGGAGGAAUCAAGGUGCGCAGCAGCUACCUCAUCUACAGGGAGCUCAACAGCUUCAUCCAGCCCAAUCAGUUGCCAUCGAGUUCUCCUUCUCGCGCCCAUCUGGAGGGAGGAGUUGCGCUGGGCAUUGGUGCCUUCAACUUGACGCUUUCCCUUUUCCCACCCCGGAUCCUGAGACUUCUGGAAUUUGCAGGGUUUUCAGGGGACAAGGAUUACGGCCUGCAGCAGCUGCAUCAAGGGGCCACCACAGCCAACCUGCGGGCUUUGCUUUGUACAAUGUUGCUCCUCUGCUACUACACCUUCCUUACCUUCGUCUUAGGGAUUGGUGAAGACAAUUUUACAGAGGCUGAGGCGCUCCUGAGUCCAUAUCUCGCCCGCUACCCUAAGAGUGCCAUUUUCUUAUUCUUCGCCGGGAGGAUAGAGGAGAUCAAAGGGAACAUCAAUGAGGCCAUCAAGAAGUUUGAAGAAGGCUGCUCAGCCCAGCAGGCCUGGAAGCAGUUUCACCAUAUGUGCUACUGGGAGCUGAUGUGGUGCUUUGCCUACAAAGGAAUGUGGAAGAUGGCCUACUUCUAUGCGGACCUGCUGAGCAAGGAGAAUCGCUGGUCCAAGGCAAUGUAUGUGUACAUGAAAGCUGCCUUCCUUAGCAUGCUGCCUCCAGAGGAACCGCGGCCUUUUGGUGAGGAUGAGGUUGAGCUCUUCAGGCAAGUUUCCUCCUUCAAGCAGAAGAUCGCAGGGAAGUCUCCACCCACAGAGAAGUUCGCCAUCCGCAAAGCGAGGCGCUACAAAGCGAGCGAACAUGUUCCUCUGCCUGUGCCAGCCCUGGAGAUGAUGUAUAUGUGGAAUGGAUUCACCGUCCUGGGCAAGCGCCAGGAACUGCUCAAGGGGACUCUAGAGACUCUGACACAGGCUGAGAAGCUGCUACAGAAAGCACCAGCCAGUGAGUACCAGGUGGACGACCGGUGUCUUGUGCUACUUCUCAAAGGCCUGGUCCUGAAGCACUUGCACAGUUCUGCUGAAGCAGAGGCUUGCUUCAGUGCUGUCCAUGGCAGUGAGAAGAGGAUCCGGUACGAUCACUACUUGGUACCCAAUGCACUGCUGGAGUUGAGUCUACUCUAUGUGGCACAAGGUCGUAAUGAAGAGGCUGUACAGCUGCUUCGUCGGGCGAAGAACAACUACAAGAAUUAUUCAAUGGAGUCCCGCACUCUCUUCCGGAUACAUGCUGUAUUGUCCAAACUCAAGGCCUGCCAGGAAGAAAAUGGUGCAGUUGGAGACAGCCCUUCCUAGGGAAUGGUGUGUUUCCUGUCUUCUUUCUCGAAAGAGGAGGUGAACUGUUGCUCUCAGGAGCACCUAGACCAAAGAGGGAACCUGCCAAAGUACAAGUUCUUGGGAUGAUCCCUCCUUCCUCGGGUGGGUGUGUUUGGAAGGAAUGUGUUGUCGUCACCUGUUGUGCUGCUUGGCUACCAAUCUAGUGCUUGAUACUUGGUGUGUGGGAAUGGACAAGGCUUUACCCAUCAGAAUUUUGACUUCCAAGACCAGGGAGUAGCUGGGGAAAUAAUUGCUUGCUAAUCAAUGAAGCUGAAAGGAGGACCUCAUCUUCGUUAAUCAGCCUCCUCUCUCAAGGUCCUACAAAUGAAGGUUAAUAUCUCCCCCCUCCUCCAACAAUCAAAUCAAGACUUGGAAUUAACCUGAAGGUGUAGUACUCUCCACUUUCCUUUUUUGGUUUACUAUCUCCUGUUUCGUUGGCAAAUCCUAAUCCCCUUUCCUUCUUGGUCCCUGAUCUUUAACUCAGCAAGCCACAGCACCCUGGAGCCUGCAUCCGGUGGCCUUUCAUUUCACAUUGGUGUUGAACCUGAAAGUUUCAGUCGCCUAGCAAAGACUUCCAAUUUUGGCUUAGAAACUGGGUUUAUCUCAACAUUCUGCUGUGGCCUUCUUGUUUUCAAAAGUGCAAACAACUUUUUGGUACGGAUUUGAUCGUUCUCCAUUUAAGGACAAAGUUUUCAAAUGUUGGAAAGGAAUAAGGAGGUGAUUUUUAGCAGUUUUUUGAAGCAGGGUAACAGCCAGUCCUUCAUGUCCUACACGAGGGUAGGUAAAUAUUUUAAGUGAAACCACCUCUGAGUAAUAACUGGACUGUGAUACUUUGGAAACAGCUGCGGGGCAAUGCGAUCUCUUCUAUCAUUUAAAUUUCACUGCUGCCCAUGUGUUUAUGUUCAUUGCUGAUCAUCCUGGUUAAAAGCAGCUGACGGGCUUACCAUCUGAAAUUGUCUUCCUUUCAAUGUGGUUAUUGAAUUGGCCUCUAUUAACGAGUUCUACGGAUUCACCGAGAUGGGGAAUAAGAACGCAACCACUUUGCAUUCUUAUUUUUUCUAUGGUAGGUAGCACUUAUUGGUUCUGUAGGAGGGUGCAGAUCACAUCUGCACUGGUAACCCUGUCUGCCCAGAACUCUUCUGCCAUACUUUUUACUCAGGGUUGCUUAUUAGAGAUGCGUGUUAAAACCCAUGUGAGGGGAUCAGUAUUAGAUCCACGUGAUUUAGUGUUGCUCAUAUCAUGAGCACACGUGGUAAAAUAUUUUUUAAAAAAUAAAUUUGCAUGCGUGGAGGCAGAGCAUAAAAGCGGCAACAGCUUCAUGCACCCCCUUUGCAUGGUCACCAUUCAUCUACAGACUGAUCUUGUGGAAAAUUCUUUGCUGUGGAGGGAAGCAGUGGCAUGCUAACUUACUCUCUUGCUACUCUCAUUGGCUCCACUCCUACUUUCAUGGAGAGAAUGCAUUAAAUCAAACGUAGCAACACAUCACUAACAGGAGGGGAGAGUGUUUUUGUGCUUGAAUUCUGCUUGCGGGUUUCCUACAAGUAUCCAAUUGGCCACUGUGGGAACAGGAUGCUGGAUCAUUGGCCUGAUCCUGCAGGUUGCUUGUACGUACUUAUAAAAGAUUGGGCACCUGCACACCCCAAUUUAUGAGCCCGGUUAAGGAAGAUUGAGGCUCAAUACAGCAAGCUCCUUUUCUCCUGCUCUGGAGGGAUGGGACUUGAACCAAUGGAUUCAAGUUACAAAAAGGAGAUUCUGAUUAAAUAUCAGGAAGAACUUUCUGACAGUAAGAGCUGUUUGACAGUGGAACAGACGCCCACAAGAGGUGGUGCACUCGCCUUCCUUGAGGGCUUUUAAGCAGAGGUUGGGUGGCCAUCUAUCAUGGAUGCUUUAGCUGAGAUUCCUGCAUUGAAGGGGGUUGGAUGAGAUGAGCUUCGGCGGUCCCUUUCAACUCAACGAUUAAAUGGUUCUAAAAUGCUACUAACUGGAUAAAGAACAGUCCUGUGCUUUGUGGUAGGGAGCCUUGUUCUAACUUGGAACAGCACAGGUCCACCCCUGAGAUAGAAUGUGAAUAUACUGAAGCUUAUGCUAUAGCAGCAGCUAAACUAUUUCACCAUACCCUAAUUGCAUGGAAAAUGCAGGGGUGCUGCUAAGAACAAAAGAAGGGUCGCAAACAGUGUCGUCCUUGUGAGACUUUUAGGACAGAUGUUAAGAGGACUGGCAAUUACGGUAACUCUACCUCAUCUGUGUUGCAGAGUAAACGUCUAGAACAACAGGCCUUGCCUUAGCUGUUCUCUGCCUUAUGUGCUGUGCUCCAUAGAAACAGGAUAUAGUGUUCCUUUUAAAAAAAACAUGCACACACGUGCCUCUGUCCCUUCUCUUUGGGCAGGCUUGCGAUCUGUACCUUAGUCCAGAACGUGGCACUUCCUGCAAAUUCCCUAUGUGAUCCGUGACCAACUCUGUCCCAUACUCACAGGAGCAUAGGUCCGACAUGUGCUUGAGAGAGCCCUGCAAGGUUUGCAACUGAACACGUAACUCAACUUUUAAUCUGCAAGAGUGGGUCAAAUGUUUCAUCUCUUGCCAUCCCUUUCCUUACGAGAAUUUUGCAUCGCUCUCCUGCUUUUCAUUAAUUACACACACAUUGCAGUUAAGAUGCUUCCCACAUCUUGCAUGAUCGUGUGUAGAUAACACUGGUGGGCCUAUGACUUGGGCCUUUCACUAUGGGCACUCAGUUGAGGGGGGGGUGUUGUUUUGAGAGCUGACGUUAAAAAAAUGAAAAUAUGCUAAAAGGAGACACACCGUACGGGAGUCAACCGAAGCAAAAUGCUAACCAAAAAAAGAACCGCUAGCAAGAGAAGCUCGCCACUGCUUCUGAAGCUCGAGUGCACCUCAAGUAAGGAAAAACAGACACAUACAAAAUCCUGUUGCUACUACUAACUGGAUGGGGAAGGGUGGGAGAUUUUUUUGUUUUUUAAAAAAUUUAAUUAUUAACAUAGUUUGGUCUUUAAAACUUUAUGUAGAAAUUUUGGUGCCAGCACUGGGUGAUUAAUUAAUUCUGACAAAUGUAUGUAAAAUAAAAAUAAUUUAUAUAA